AUGGGCUGCUGGACCAAGCUGAAGUCAUCUGAGUGGGCUUAUCCCACCACAAUCCUGUCACUCUAUGGGUUUUUUGCUAACUGCAGAGUAGCAGAGCCCUUCCUGACACCAUACCUAAUUGGACCACACAAGAACAUCUCUGAAGAAGUGGUGACCAACUACCUGUUUCCUGUCUGGACAUAUUCCUACCUGGCUUUCCUUUUCCCUGUUUUCCUCCUGACUGACUUCCUGAGGUAUAAGCCAAUUAUAAUGAUACAGGGGCUGUUUCUCGUCACCAACUAUGUUUUGCUCUGCUUUGCCCCGGGUGUUCCUGCUAUGACCGUCCUGCAGGUCAACUAUGCAGUAGUGACUUCUACAGAAGUGGCUUACUUGUCCUACAUUUACAGUGUGAUUCCAAAUGAGAAUUACCAAAGAGCUACUGGUUACCUGCGCGGCGCCUUUUUAGCUGGAUAUACAACUGGUGCCAGCCUCGGCCAAGUGCUAAUCUCCGUUGCAGGGGUGGACUACUUCUACAUCAAUGCUAUCACUCUGGGGAUCAUGAGCAUAGCAUUUCUUAUCACAUUCUGGUUGCCAAUGCCCCAAAGAAGCAUGUUCUUCAAAGGGAAACAGGCUGCAGCUGUGGGUUUGCAGUCCCAGCAGGAGGGGCCACUGGAAGAGAAUAGACUUGAGGAUCGAGUGAUGGAUAAGGAUGGAGCAGACUCAUUGAAAGAGGAGAUGGAGCAUAAUGGCAGUGCUGGCUGGUGUAGCAGGGAAAAUGUGGCCACUGUGGGCCCUGUCCUUUGGCAAAGCUUUCGGGAGUCCUACUCUUCAAGACAUUUAAUCUACUGGUCCCUGUGGUGGGCUCUGGCUACAGCUGGCUAUGUGCAGGUCUUUAACUACAUCCAGCUUAUGUGGGACCAUAUAGAACCAUCUGCCACCUCAUCCAUCUACAACGGAGGAGUAGAGGCUGUAUGCUGUCUUGUAGGUGCUGCGGCGGCCUUCUCUGUGGGCCACAUGAAGGUCAGCUGGGCUGUUUGGGGAGAGUUGGCAUUAGGGUUGUUUUCAGCUGUGGCGACUGGGGCUGUGUUUCUGAUGGUAUUUACCAGCAGUAUCUGGGUAUGCUAUGCUGGUUAUGUGAUAUUCAAAUCCUGCUACAUGCUUCUCUUCACCAUCACAGCAUUUCAGAUCGCAUCCAACCUCUCUAUGGAGUGCUAUGCUUUGACAUUUGGGAUCAACUCUUUCGUGGCCGUCACACUCCAGACCAUCAUUACAGCUAUUGUUGUUGAUGAGACUGCACUGGGACUGGACAUAGUGACACAGUUUAUCAUAUAUGGCAGCUACUAUGCUGUCAUCUCCCUGCUCUUUCUGAUUCGAGGGACCUACACCGCCUUUGUAAAUCACUGCUACCCUGAGCACACGGAUGCCAAGGGACCAGAGUCCAAAGUGGAGGUGAUCUCUGCUGAACGCUUUUGA